AUGGAAGAAUUAUUGAUGUUCUCUGCUUAGAACAAACUAACAUUUGCUUAUAAUAGGAACACAAUGCUAAUUCAGACUGAAUUUAAAAUAAAAAAUAUCUCAUAGAAUAUGCUUGAAAUUCAAAUAGAAUUGUCGAAUCCCCACAAUUACAAGAUAAAACCGAAUAACUUUUACAUAAAAAAACAAGAAACAAGGGUAGUAGAGAUAACUCAAUUAAAUUAUGUAGAUUAAAUACAAUAUAAUAUAGGUUCCUAUGAGAUUGGAUGAAAGAGCGAAAAUCAUGUACAGAACCAUAAUAGAGAAUUCGACAACCUCAAGAAAAAACACAUAGACGGCUUACCAUUUUUACAAAUACUUUUUCUUUGAGUUAUCUUGUCAUAAAAAGCCCUCUGUAAUCGAUGAGAGUAGCAACUUUACUUAAGUGAGAUAACCAGAACAGAGAUAACAAUAGAGUGGGAUUGAGGUGAAGGAUUCUCUAAAUUAUUGUCAAUUAGUCACUCUAACAGUGUCCAUUAUUGUAAUAAUAUUUGCAGUUUUUAAUUGGCUGUAUAUUAAAUUUAUAAAGAGGGAUUAUUGA